UCCAUUUUUCUGUGAUUGUUAAUAGACAGAGAGAUAGAUGCCAAUAAGAUUUUUUGCUACACAUAAAGAUCUGGUGAUUAGGAAAGGAAAUGCUUUAGGGGAUCAGGAAAAGCUAUGCCUCUAAUGCGACAUGUCACUCGUCGACUGAUGCAACAACAGCGCCAAUAUACACAAGUAAUCGAGCCGGUUAAUUUGGCCUUUCGUCUGCACACGACGAAACAGCAACCCGAUGAUGAUCCUGAUGUCAGUCCACCGUUUGUCAUAAUGCACGGAGUCCUGGGCGUUAAGGAUAAUUGGCGUAGUAUUAGCCAGCAAUUGGCAUAUCAAACGGGACGUCGAGUCUUCUCGGUGGAUGCCCGAAAUCAUGGCGAUAGUCCGUACACAGAUCUACAUUCCACCAAGGCCAUGGUAGUGGACAUGGUGGAGUUUAUGAAAACCCAUAGAUUGGCAAAGAUCUGUGCUCUGGGCCAUAGCAUGGGUGGGCGUUGUAUGAUGAUGUUGGCUCUCAAGCAUCCCGAGCUGGUGGAAAGAGCCAUCAUUGUGGAUAUCUCACCGUUUGGUGUGCCAACACAUUUUCAUUUAAUCAAUGCCAUUUUCGAUGCCUUACUAAAGGUGAAAUUACCUCGUCAUCUAAGUCAUUCGGAGGCCAGGGAAAUGCUAAUGCAAGAGUUACAUAAACACAAUAACAAUGACCCAGAAGGUGCCAAAAUUGUAUUGAGAAAUCUGCGUAAACAUAAGUCUACCGGAGAAUUCUAUAUGCCCGCCAAUGUGAAGGCAGUGCAUAAUAAUUGGAUUGAUUUUAGUCGUUUUCGUGAUGACUUGCUUAUUUUGCCACCCUACACAGGGCCAAUUCUAUUCAUAGCUGGUAAAAAAUCGAAAUUUUUCAAAAAAUCCAACAUGAAAGAUAUACAAAAAUGGUUUCCCAAUACCCAAUUGGAAUGGCUAAAUGCCAAUCAUGCUCUCCACCAUGAAGAUCCGAAGGGUUUCCUUGAAUUGGUAUUGCAUUUUAUGGACAAGAAGCAGCCACAGCUGAAUAAUUGAAAUUGCUCUCACACUUGUCUCCCUGGUCACUUGUUGUUAUGUUAUGUAAAAUAAAAACUAGGAUCGGCUUGUGCGACAUGUUA